AUGCUUCAAUUUCUAACCUCAUCACCGCAGAGAGGAUUCGCUAGGCUAAUGCAUUCCGUACGAGCACUUUUUUCGCACCCGGAGGAUCUAGAAAUGAAAGAUUUACUUGAUUACAUUGAUUCCUUGAAAAAUUACGAGAAAUCUGGGGUUCCUACCGGUGCAGGAACUGAUUCCUACCACGGAUUUGAUCUUGGUAGAAUGAGACGCCUAAUGGAUCGUUUUGGUAAUCCUCACUUCAACUUCAAGGCCGUUCAUAUUGCUGGGACUAAAGGAAAAGGAUCAACGGCUGCUUAUAUAUCUAAUAUUCUGAGGACUCAAGGUUAUUCUGUUGGUUGUUAUACUAGUCCACAUAUCCAGACUAUCCGGGAACGCAUUCUGCUAGGAAGAUCGGGUGAUCCUGUUUCAGCAAAAUUAUUGAACAAUCUCUUUCAUAGGAUCAAGCAGGAUCUCGACCAAGCAAUGAAAGAUGAAAAUGGUUUCAUAAGCCAUUUCGAGGUUUUCACUGCCAUGGCAUUCAUCUUGUUUGCUGAUGAGAAAAUUGACAUUGCGGUUAUUGAGGCUGGGUUAGGAGGUGCACGGGAUGCAACAAACAUUAUAUCAAGCUCUGGACUUAUUGCUGCAGUCAUCACGACUGUAGGAGAGGAACAUUUGGCAGCUCUUGGGGGUUCGUUGGAAACUAUUGCAAUGGCGAAGGCUGGAAUCAUAAAACAAGGCCGCCCAUUGGUGCUUGGUGGGCCGUUUCUCCCUCAUAUUGAGCAGAUUAUUCGAGAAAAAGCGGUAACCAUGGACUCCCCUGUUGUUUCGGCAUAUGACGCUGGGAACAGCCUUGCAGUAAAAAGUUUCAGCAUACUUAACGGCAAACCUUGUCAAAUUUGUGAUAUAGUAAUACAAACUGUCAAGGACCUGAAACUGUCCUGUAAGUUACAUGAUUUGAAGCUGCAAAUGCCUGGUGAUCACCAACUUCAAAAUGCAGCAACUGCUACUUGUGCGGCACUCUGUCUUCGUAGUUUAGGAUGGAUGAUUUCUGAUGAAUCUAUUAGGCGCGGUUUAGAGAGUACAUACCUCCUUGGAAGGAGUCAACUCCUAACAUCCGAAGAUGCCAAGGUCUUAGGACUUACUGGAGCAACAAUACUUCUUGAUGGAGCUCACACCAAAGAGUCUGCCAAAGCGCUGGUGAAUACAAUAAAGAUGGCGUUUCCCAAGGCUCGAUUAGCUUUUGUGGUUGCAAUGGCGUGUGACAAAGAUCAUGCUGGUUUUGCUCGAGAGAUUCUCUCAGGUGCAUAUGUAGAGACUGUUAUUUUGACUGAAGCUGCUGUCGCGGGAGCUGUAACUCGAAUAACACCAGCUUCUUUGUUGAGAGAUUCUUGGAUUAAAGCUUCUGAAGAACUUGGUGUCGCCAUUUUUCACGAAGGAAUGACAGAAUACAGAGAGUUAUUAGAGGAACAGCCGGUAAACUCUGACAGCAAUUUGAGUGAUGGUAAGACCAUAUUGGCUACCGAGUCUUCAUUAAAGGAUUGCUUGAGAGUUGCAAGUGAGAUUCUAAACAGAAGAAGGGAUGAAAAAGGUGUUAUUGUCAUCACUGGAUCACUGCAUAUUGUAUCCUCAGUCUUAGCUUCUCUUGCCGAUUAA